GCAUUCUUGCCCACAUGGUUGUCUCGCCCAUUUCAAUUUGCUCCUGCCUACAAGCUUUGGAAUCAUAUUUUUGCACAUGCUUGUGAUUUGCCGAACUCAGCACUUAUCUUAUCAUGCCAGGAAAAAUGUACAUAUACAUCAAGGACCCGAUCUCUACCAGUAUACUACCAACGUAGCUUCAUUAUCGUAACAUAUCCAUCCGCUCAUAAGAUUACCAAUAUGGCUCACGUUAACAAUCGUGCACAAGAGGUAACUAAUGUGGCACAAGAUCUUGAUAUUGGAAAAUACCUCAAAAUUUACUUCCACUUGUCAGAACGAGUGCGGGACAAGGCCUCUCGCGACAUCCAGCCCAUUGCUAGAAAGACCCUACAUUCGGCUAGUCCGCUCGCAUUGACGCGCUAUGAUGAUAAUGGAGAGAUACAAUAUCUCCUGCCAAUGCACGCUUUAGGAAGUCUAGCAAUUCGGUUCGACACAGAACCCGGAUCGAUCCAUGCAUUCAAAAUAUAUGUUAAGACGGGGUCGGUGAAUGUGGCCAAUCCGGAAUCCUCUGGACAUAGACAAGACUAUUUUGUUACGCCUGGCCAGAAGUGGAUUGAUGGGUUUGCACACAUUGGAAGUGUUGAUAGGAAACUUCCUGAUGAUGUGAGGCAAUUCGUCGCAAUAGACCCUGGAACCGGUCAUUCCGCUGAAAAUCAAUUGACCGGCAGUGAUGAUAAUGGUGGAAUUCAGAUUCAGAUUAUCCUUGGAACUCCUCACCAUAGGGUUGGAAGGUCAAGCAACUCGGGCUUCCAAAUUUUCGUUAAGGAUCUCAAUGGACAGCUAAUAAGCUAACCCCCCCCCUCACGAGCCAUCUCAUCACGGGCCACUUCACACUUAGCUAGCCACUUCACUUCUGAAGCUAUUUUCAUCAAUAAAAUAGCGUUUUCAUCGCUAUUUUCGGUGUUUUUCUUAAAAACUAAACUUUUGCAACUUUAAUUAUAUCUUUUAUAUUUAUAUCCUUACGUUUUAGUAUAUCUUUUUCCUAUAGUUUAUUAAUAUAUAAAAUUUUAAA